AUGUCUGAGGGGAAGGACGAUGAUGUGCGGGGUAUCGUUGAAGAGAUGAAGACAUUAGGGGGGUUUGUCCUGGACAUGGGUGAUUGGAGCAACGUCCUCCGAUUUAUGGUGAAAAGAGGUGAAGCUGUGGAAGCUAUGGCUGUCUUGAAGCAAAUGAGAAGGAAAGGACUAAGACCCGACAUCGUUUGCUGCAACUGGGUCUUGAGUGGGUUGGUGAAGAAAGGGGAGCACACGAAGACAGACCAAUUGUUUGAUGCAAUGCUCGUCUGGGGUUGGAAUUCCUGA